CUCAGUGAGGGGCAUUCCAGUCAGCGCAACUGCAUGUUCAAGUUGCAAGAUUUAACCCCACGCGAACUGAGCGAGUUGCGUGACACAAACGCAGGGUAUAGGCAAGUCGGAUAAAUAACUUUGUCUGAUUUAUUUGUUGCAUCUUUAGGGUUGUCGCGGCUUGAGCCCAGCGGAGCCGUCGAAAUGACAGUGGACAUCAAACACCUGGAUGCUCACGAGCAGCCUUCAGAUGAGCUCAGGGCCAAGUGGAAGACUUUCUCAAGGGUCGAGGCCAAGGAUUUACUUAACAAGGGCAUUGAUGACUUGCAAAAUCCAACAAGUGCGGCCGAGUUCUGCCUCGCGGGUACCAUCCCCAUCGAGACGCUGAACAGGUCAUUUCGCCACAUCUGCCCUAGCGAAGUUCCGGAAUUCCGAGCGCUCAAGGAUGCUCCGAUAUACUACCAUCCUCUCUUACCAGGCCUCCUCAUCGCCCCCUCGCUUGUUCCUCCAGAUGUCCAAAAGGUCCUCUUGGGCCACCUCCUCCACCGCGACCUCAGCAACCCAAUUCACCAAACCAACCUACACCUCCACUUCAACCUCCCCUACCCGGACAACAACAACACCUCCAACACCUCCAACAACGACAACACCUCCAACAACGACAACAUCUCAUUCUUCUCCUAUCCGCCAACCUCCCCAGUGCCCUUCACCCCGAAAGACCCGUCCGUCCACAAGCCGCUCACCAUCAAGCAAGUCCUUGAGCGUAAGCUGCACUGGGUGACGCUGGGGGGCCAGUACGACUGGACGAAGCGCGUGUACCCACCGGAGGAAGAGGAGGGCGGGUCAUCGCCGCGGCCGGCUUUUCCGCGCGACGUGGCCGCGUUCCUCGAGACACUCUUUCCCGAGACGCGGGCGCAGGCGGCUAUUGUCAAUCUGUACACGCCAGGCGACACCAUGAUGAUGCACCGCGACGUAUCGGAGGAGACGGAUAAGGGCUUGGUAAGCGUCAGCUUGGGGUGUGAGGCGCUGUUUAUGAUCGCGCCUAAUGAGGAGGAUGGGGAGAGGGGCGGGGAUGGGGAGGAGGUGGCGGUGACGGGGAGGAAUGGGGAGAGGAAGGAGUAUUUGGUGCUGAGGUUGCGGUCGGGGGAUGCGAUUUAUAUGACCAAGGAGUCGCGGUUUGCGUGGCAUGGUGUGCCCAAGGUGUUGAAGGGGACUUGUCCGGGUUAUCUGGAAAAUUGGCCUGCGGAAGGCGGAAGGUAUGAGGAGUGGAGGGGCUGGAUGCGGAAUAAGAGGGUCAAUCUCAAUGUGAGGCAGAUGAGGGAUUAGGUUGGAUACCUUGGACUCAGCGUUAUACUUCCAGAUUAGCAGUUAAAAAAAAAAGUUGUCGGUGGCACCCGUCCUCCCGGUUGCUGCCCUCAAAAGCACAC